AUGAGGUUGAAGAAAGAUAAACUAAAGGACAAAGAUUUGCAGGAACUGGUUCGUCUUUGCGGGUCGAGCCUCCUCUAUUUGCCCACGGAAUAUGCAGCUGGAAGUCUGGCUGUGCCAACUUGCUUCCGCGCUACGGCACAAUAUCUUGUCCAGUAUGGCACUACCACCAGGGGCGUCUUUCGAAUUCCUGGCUCUCAUAAUGUCGUGGCAGCGCUGUACAAUCAUUACUGCUCAAUGGACAACAAUGGAGAGGCUAUUGCAGGAACAGUUCGAUGUCCAACUCUACCCGAACACAUCCGGUGCGACGUUCACGAUGUAGCCUCGGCAUUCAAAAAGUUCAUCUCCGGGCUGCCAGGAGGCAUCUUAGGCUCUUUGCCACUCUUUGAUUCCCUCAUUUCAAUCCAGAGUCAAUUACAGAGUGACCCCGAAUGGACAAGGACGAAGCAGAGCAAAGUCCGCGCAAGGCUCAUUGCUUUGGCGAUUUCAACUUUGCAAUCUCAGUACAGACGCGAACUCAUUUGUGCAGUAUUCGGUCUUCUCUGUAUGAUCGGGCGAGCAGCAGAAACUUCUCGAAGAGAAGAUGACCGAGGCAGACCGUUACCAACAUCAGAUUUGAUGGGUUAUGGUCCUUUGGGAAUCGUCUUCGGACCACUGCUUGUCGGUGACUUGUUGGAGGACUACAUCAUGCGCAUCGCAAACCCUCAUGGCGGUCUCAUAUUACUUCCAAUCAGUCCUCCGAAGUCACGAAAGGAGAGGAAAAAGAAGACUAAAAGCGGGGACGAGGGAAAUUUAUUCAAUACCUAUGUGGACAAGAUCAAGGUUGCAAACAGUAUUGCGGAGAUGCUCAUCACUCACUGGAGGGAAGUAGUCCGACAUAUGAAAAAUCUCAGCGCAUUGAAGGUCGUAGGAGGAUACAAGAGUCUAGGUUUCAGGGGCGUAAAACCUCCAUUUUUACGACCAUCUGCAUCUGAAUCAUUUGCUCUCCGGAAACCACCUGACUGGGAUGAGGCAAAUCCUUUCAGACCAGCGACAAGAAGUCCAUCUCCGACUCCGAUACGUCGUAAGUUCAUUGGAACUGAAAUAGUUAUCCCUGGUUACUAA